AACCCAAUAAACAGACUAUUCUUUUGGUACCAGUUACCACCAAGACUCUCUCUCUCUCCCUCUCUCUCCACUUUUGGGUUAUCUCUUGGAUGGCAACCACCACCGCAACCACCGCUCUCGGCGCCUCCAGUUCAGGUACUGCAGGUGAAAAGGAUGGUUUACCGGUCGAGUCUACCAAUGGAGCUGCUCCUCUUCCAACCUUAGAGACAAAACCUGAACAAACAGAGGUAAAAGCUCGGGUAGAUGCCAUGUGGGAGCAAAUGAAUAAAGGAGUAUCAAAUAAGCAGUUCAAGGAUUUAUUAAAGAAGUCUUCCUCAUCUGUGAAUAAAACUCCCAAGAAGUCAUCUAAUAAUUGGAUGGGAUAUCUGGGCCUGGCACAAAAGAAGGCAGAUUCCCCUAAAGAAGAUGCUGCACAGAAGGGAUCAAGUGGCAUGAAGAACAGCUCCAGUGAUAAUGGCGUGCAGGACAAAUCUCGUGACGAAGCCAGGCGGCUUGCUGCUGCUGCUCUUGUAGAAGUUAAGGAUGCUGCAGUUGCAACAUCUGGCAGAGGGAAAGUUGAGAUCAUGGAGGUUCGGGAUUUUGCUGGUAAAGAAAUUGAAUACAAGAAGCUUGUUGAUGCUGAUUCAAAGGAAGCAUCCGAAAAGGCAAAAGCUCCUGCAUCUUCAGGUGUCGAUGCUGUGCUCGAACAGAUUAAGAAGAAACAAAAGCUCAGUGUGCUUGACAAAACGAAAAAGGAUUGGGGGGAGUUCAAGGAAGAGAAAGGGUUGGAGGAGGAGUUGGAAUCUUACAAGAAGAGUUCAAAUCAAUAUUUGGAUAAGGUAAACUUUUUGCAGCGAGCAGAUUUCCGAGAGUUUGAACGGGAGAGGGAUGCGCGCCUGGCCGUGCAGGCCAAAAGGAAACCAGAUAUGCGGGAGGAGCCAUAACUGCGCAAUGAUCGGUUUGCCAAACUGGGAAUUCAGAAUUAUAGAGAGGACGAUGGGCAGUAGCUACAAUUUUAAGGCGUAUUGUGCAUUUGCAUGAGGUUUUUUCAACAGAUCCUGGAUUUUCGAGGAGAGAAUGGCCAUUAAUUGUAAACUAGUGAAAGAUAUUUUAAUCUUAUUCUGAUUUUACGGAUGGGAGUGUAGGUAGCCCUGUAAACGGGUCGGUUUUAUUGAGUUUGGGCCGUUUUCAAACCCUAUUUGUGGGUCUCGAUUCUUAGACGAGGAACUUGCAGUAUGACAUGAUGGGAAUAUCGAGUCCCAGUUCAAUUA